AUGCUGCGCCUUUUAGUUGCUUGCGGCAGGAGCGAGGUGGGCGGCGGCAACGACCAAUUCCGCACGCUGCAGUUGCUUGCCCGCAUGCUUGGCGACGAGGCGGCGCCCGCCUUGCAUGAGGAGGAGGGAGGGAGCUCCACUCCGGUGACGGCGGCGGAAAACACGACCUCCAUGGCGCCCCGCAGUUCGCAGCACGAGCCCCGGAACUCUUUGGACCGUGGUGCGGCCGACACGUCGACUACUGUGUCCAUGGCCCCCGUUGGUGGGGAUUCGCACUUGAACGCCCCAUCCUCAAAAGGAAAAUACGAGCCACAAGGCAGCACUGAGGCCAACUUUGAUUUUGUGCCCCCUCCGACGAGCGCGCCGCCGCGGUUUCGCGAUGUAAUGGCAGACAAGCUUACGAAGGGCAUGGAUCCUUCUCCAUUGGAGCACACUAUCGCGUUUUUGUCGAAAAGCACCUCGCCUCUUUGCAGCAGGCGGAGCUCAACAGUAGAACUUGGAUGCCCCCCCGUUUCAAGGUUGCCGCCUGUGGUAGUUGAACCGAGCCCACAUGAUACCGCACCGGCGAAGCCGGAAGGCGUUGACGUCCCACCGCGUCCUGCUAGGCUGACGUCACUGUUCAAUAGUGCAGAGCUUGGUGCGAGAGUGUCGUAUGCUAGGCGUUAUUUGGAACGACUGUAUUUUCGUGACCCUGUCGUUGUUGGACCCGCCGAUGAUCAUCUGCCGCCGCGCAUCCCGAUGAUGCGUGGGCCGCGGAAAAAUCCUGUCUUUGAGCGAUGCUAUUAUGAUACUGCAAACCUUAUAUCCACACCUGCCGUUUUGAAUGGGCAGAGACCUGCAAGUCGCGUGGAGAGCAAAAAACUCCGGAGUUCUUUGUUGGAUUGCAACGGGGCCGUUGCACACGGUGGCGGCCCCGGCAAGAGCAAUAGCAAACCACCCUCACGCUCCGUUAGCGCCUUAGCACAACAGCGGAUCACCUCGGCUCAUCGUUGGAAGAAUCAAACGAGAUACGCGCGUGACCUACGUCAGCCUGUCGGGCCCCAGACUCGGCGUCUGACUCAGGAGAAACUGCAGCAGGAUGAUGGGACGAGUGGGUUGCAUAUUGAGGGUCGAUCGCUGAUGAUCCCAGGACGCCCAGCCUCUGCUUUGGUACGGCAGUUUCGUCGCAAUAAAGAGAUGCCCCGUGGGCGGAAUUGA